ACCACAAAGAUGAAGACUCUCAGCAUUCUGCUCUGCCUGGCAGCCGCAGCCUCCUGCAUGCCGCUGUCCCAGAUCACCCAGCAAGAUGAAGAUUUAGCCAAGAACUACCUGAAGAAUUUCUACAACCUCACAGAAGACGACGGUCCGGUUUUUCGGCGGGGGAUAAGCCCGCUGGCCAGUAAGCUGAUGGAGAUGCAGCGGUUCUUCGGCCUGGAGAUCACCGGCUCCCUGGAUGAGAACACGCUGGCGGCGAUGAAGAUGCCCCGCUGUGGUGUUUCGGACAUCCCUAUCGCCCGCUUCUCCACUUUUGCCAAUGACCUCAAAUGGAACAAGAACAGUUUGACCUACAGGAUCGUGAGCUACACUCCAGACAUGAGCCCAGCUGAGGUGGACGACUCCAUUGGAAAGGCUCUGCAGGUCUGGGCGAAAGUCACCCCUCUGAGGUUCACCCGAAUCUACAGUGGAACAGCCGACAUUAUGAUCUCCUUUGGGCGUCGAUCCCACGGUGAUGGUUACCCCUUUGACGGCCCUGAUGGGACGCUGGCCCACGCCUUCGCCCCAGGAAAUGGCAUCGGAGGGGAUGCGCACUUCGACGAUGAUGAGACCUUCACCUUCCGCUCGAACACAGGCUACGUGCUCUUCAUGGUGGCGGCCCACGAGUUCGGUCACUCUCUGGGUUUGUCUCACUCCAACGACCCCGGUGCCCUCAUGUUCCCCUUCUACACCUACAAAAACCCUGAAACCUUUGUUCUGCCCCAGGACGACAUCAAUGGCAUCCAGUUCCUCUACGGUUCAAACCCCGACAAGGACCCAUCCAAGCCCGACCCUAAGCCCCCCACCACCCCUGACUCCUGCGACACCAGCUUAGUGCUGGACGCCGUGACCUUGCUGCGAGGAGAGAUGCUUUUCUUCAAAGACAGCUUCUUCUGGCGUAGCUACCCCCAGAGUUUCACACCUCAGCAAACUCUCAUCACUAACUUCUGGCCCAACGCUCCAGUCAACAUCGAUGCUGCAUAUGAGAGUCCAGUGUCCGACAACGUCUUGCUCUUUAAAGGCCGUCAAGUGUGGGCGUUCAAUGCCUAUAAUCUGGUGCGAGGAUACCCUCGAUCCAUCUCCAGCUUCGGCCUGCCGUCACAUGUGAAGAAGAUUGACGCCGCUCUCUACGACGUCGACACCGGCAAGACUCUGUUCUUUGUCGGCAGCAAGUACUACAGCUAUGAUGAGUAUAGAAAGCGGAUGGAUAAAGGGGGCCCAAAAAGUGUGGUCGACACCUUCUUUGGCAUGACCGGCCCGAUCACGGCAGCUUUCCAGUACAGACGAUACUCCUACCUCUACAGCGGGAACCAAAUGUUCGAGUACGACAUGAGCAGCGGCCGCAGGUUCCGCACCCUGGGGAACAACUACUUCCUGCGCUGCAACAACUACUAAAACCCUCAAGUGAAGCCACUGAAAAUGAAAAACUUAUUUAAGCACCUUAUUUUUUAUGACUUCCAGUGAUCAAUGUUUUGUACUGUAAUUUGAAUUUUCAUAUAAUUUAAGUUAUUGUUGUUGAAGGUUUGUUGUCUGGAUUGUUACACUUGUUGUCUGCUGGUUUGCACGGUGUCAAAUCUUGUCAACGUAACAAUGCAAAAUGUGACAAUAAAGUUGA